AUGGCGGAGCGGGGCGGGCGAGGUAGCGGCGGUCACGGCAGUUUGGAUAAGAGCAUCACCCUCCCGCCCGACGAAAUCUUUCGCAACCUAGAGAACGCCAAACGCUUCGCCAUAGACAUCGGUGGUUCAUUAACCAAGUUGGCUUACUACUCCACUGUGCAGCACAAAGUGGCAAGAGUGAGAUCCUUUGAUCAUUCUGGAAAGGACAUAGAGAAUGAGCCUUUGUAUGAAAUCUCAGUUCAGGAGGAGAUUACAGCUCGACUCCACUUCAUUAAGUUUGAAAACACUUACAUCGAAACCUGCCUAGAUUUCAUCAAAGAUCAUCUUGUCAACACAGAGACAAAAGUCAUCAAAGCCACAGGUGGUGGUGCCUAUAAAUUCAAAGAUCUUAUUGAGAAGAAACUGGGAUUGAAAGUAGAUAAAGAAGAUGUUAUGACCUGCUUGAUUAAAGGCUGCAACUUUGUCCUGAGGAACAUACCCCACGAAGUGUUUGCAUACCAGAAGGACUCAGACACAGAAUUCCGGUUCCAGACAAACCACCCCAACAUUUUCCCUUACCUGCUGGUGAACAUUGGCUCAGGAGUCUCUAUAGUGAAGGUAGAAACAGAAGACAAAUUUGAGUGGAUUGGAGGGAGCUCAAUUGGAGGUGGAACCUUCUGGGGUCUUGGAGCUCUGCUCACAAAAACAAAGAAAUUUGAUGAACUGCUGCAGCUGGCUUCAAAGGGCCAGCACACAAAUGUAGACAUGCUGGUGAAAGAUGUGUAUGGAGGUGCCUGCCACACCUUGGGGCUGAGUGGAAACCUGAUAGCCAGCAGCUUUGGGAAGUCCACUACAGCAGACAAAGAAUUUUCCAAAGAAGACAUGGCAAAGAGCUUGCUCCACAUGAUCAGCAAUGACAUUGGCCAGCUUGCCUGCCUCUAUGCCAAGCUCCACAACUUAGAUAAAAUCUACUUUGGAGGGUUCUUCAUUCGGGGUCACCCUGUCACCAUGCGCACCAUCAGCUACAGCAUCAACUACUUCUCCAAGGGAGAGGUUCAGGCAUUGUUCCUGAGACAUGAAGGCUACCUGGGAGCCAUUGGGGCAUUUUUAAAAGGAGCUGAACAAGACAAUCCAAAUCAGUAUAGCUGGGGAGAGAACUAUGCUGGGAGUUCUGGUCUGAUGAGCACCUCACCUGAUGUGUACCCUCUGCAGAGAACAAGGAGUGGUACAUUUGACAUGCUGGAGAUGGAUAGGUUGGAAAGACCACUGGUUAACCUACCCCUGCUGAAAGACCCCUCAACCUAUAUCCCAGACACUGUUGACCUCACAGAUGAUGCCAUGGCCAGGAAAUACUGGCUCACCUGCUUUGAGGAGGCACUGGAUGGGGUGGCCAAGCGUGCUGCAGCCAGCCAGCCAGACUCUGUGGAUGCACUGGAGAGAGCUGAGAAGUUCAGGCAGAAGUACUGGAACAAGCUCCAGACACUCAGGCAGCAGCCAUUUGCCUAUGGUACCCUGACAGUCAGAAGCCUCCUGGACACCAGGGAGCACUGUUUAAAUGAAUUCAAUUUCCCAGACCCCUACUCAAAGGUGAAGCAGAAGGAAAAUGGCAUAGCCUUAAAGUGCUUCCAGAGCGUGAUCGAAUCGCUGGACUCGCUGGGCUGGGAGGAGAGGCAGUUUGCUCUGGUGAAAGGACUUCUGGCAGGGAAUGUCUUUGACUGGGGAGCAAAAGCAGUCUCAGAUGUUCUGGAAUCUGAGCCACAGUUUGGAUUUGAAGAAGCCAAGUCAAAACUCCAAGAGCGUCCCUGGUUAGAAGAUUCCUACAGCCAGUGGCUGGAGAGACUGAAGGGUCCCCCUCAUAAAUGUGCCUUAAUUUUCGCAGAUAACAGUGGAAUUGACAUAAUUUUAGGAGUCUUUCCUUUUGUCAGAGAGCUCCUUUCUAGAGGGACAGAGGUUAUUCUGGCCUGCAACUCUGGCCCUGCCCUGAACGAUGUCACCUACAGCGAGUCCCUGAUCGUCGCCGAACGGAUAGCAGCAAUGGAUCCAAUUAUCCAGUCUGCUCUGAGGGAGGAGAAGCUGCUGCUGGUUCAGACUGGUUCCAGCUCACCCUGUCUAGAUCUCAGCCGCCUGGACAAGGGCUUGGCGGUGCUGGUGCGGGAGCGCAAGACGGACCUGGUGAUCAUCGAGGGCAUGGGCAGGGCCAUCCACACCAACUACCAGGCAGCACUGAAGUGUGAGAGCCUGAAGCUUGCUGUCAUCAAGAACUCCUGGCUGGCUGAGAGGCUGGGGGGGAAGAUCUUCAGUGUGAUCUUCAAGUACGAAGUGCCCUGUAAAUGAGAGGAGCCAGGCAGCAGCGGGGGAGGAGCAGCAGCAGCAGCAGCUGGACUUGCACUAAGUUUUCCUUUAACUGUAAAGAAUGUAUUUUUAUUACACCAGGGACAAGAGGUCACAGGAGAAUCCUGUAUUUCUAUUGUGCUUUUGUGACUGAGCAGAGCAGCAGGCCGAGUCACCCUCUAGCAGCCCCACUCAAAUAUAUAUAAUGUGUAUAUCACUCAUGGUUUA